CAGAAAACCCAGAUCUGAUCCCUGAUGGUGGUGGAGCUGAAGAGCCGCAUGGAGGCGACGGAGGCGAAUCAGCAGAGGGUGGAGACCAACAUCCUGCUGCUGGGAGCUCACAACGUGGGCAAAACCGCUCUAGCCGUCAGAUUUCUGACCAGACGAUUCAUUGGAGAGUACGGAGACAUCGAGUCGAUUUACAGCCGAGUCGACCGAGUCGAUGGUCAGGAAAUCUGCAUCAACAUCUGGGACUCACAGGCUGGCGGGAAAAGCUGCUCCUUUAGUGACAAGCAGCUGCAGUGGGCUGACGGGAUGGUCCUGGUCUACGACAUCUGCGACCGCGCCAGCUUCGAGGUCGUCCGCCAGCAGCUGCAGCUGAUCCGCCGCAGCAGGAAGAUGUCGACGGCGCCUGCUGUCAUCGUGGGAAACAAACGGGACCUGCAGCACCGCCGCAGCGUCUCUGGCGAGGAGGGACACCUGCUGGCUAUGACGGAGCGCUGCGGCUUCUUCGAAGUGUCGGCGGCGGAGACGUACCACGGUGUGCUGCUGGUGUUCCACCGGCUGGUCGACCUGGUCAGGGAGACGCGGGCGCUGAGGAAGAGCAUGGCGGGCGUCCGAGGCAUCGUCCGGAGCGUGUCGGCGGUGUUCGGGAAGAAACGGGCCGAAUGAACUCGUUGUUGUUACCGGUUUGGGUGAAACGAAGGCGAGACUUCCUGUCCGAGUCCUUCUGAGGCGAGUCGGGCUGGAAAAGGUUGAGAGAAUGAUUCUUUGUGUGGAAGUGGAAGUUGGCGAAAUAAGUUGUGUAGGAAUAGGAAGGUGGAAACAGAAGCGCGGAUGGAGACAGAGACGGAGGCCGGUGGAAGAGACGCGGCUCCAGCCGGAGGACCGACUGCUCGCUCUGCGAACGGCUCCAAAUUCAGCUGCAGAAUGAAGCCGAUUUAUUGGUGCUUGUUGUGUUUUGAGGAAACUGUCAGUGAAAACAGACGGAGGACGGCCAUGAGCCCUGCAGGCAGCAGGGGGCGCUAGACUCCGGUUAAAAGGCCUACCGGAAUGUACCCGGAUGCUGACUGCGUUCAGCUGCGAUGAUUUCAUGUUUAUGAUGUAAAAAUAUGUUUAAACCAUAAAUAAAAUCAGCUUCCCAUCCAG